UGGUCUACUGCUCUGUGGUUGCAUAAAAAAUUCCGAACACGAUUCCGGUUGUAUUGUUUGUUUGAUUGUUUCUAACUUUCUUACUACAGUUUCAAAUAUUCUAUAACGUUUUUCAAAAGAAGUACGAUCACCUUUUCAAAAGUAUUUUCAUAUAAAGUGAUAAAAAAUCUCCAAACAUGUCUGGCUAUCCAUACGGCGGUAAUCCACCACAAUACCCACCACCCCAGGGUCAGAUCUACCCGCAGAUUUAUAAUCCGGCGAACGCACCACCACCCGCUCAGAACCCCUACCAACCAGGGUUCCCUGUAUACCCGAACCAGCCUGCCACUGCACCGCACCCUGCAUCAAUGUCUUACCCUGGAGGACCUCCACCACCAUCCUAUGGAUACCCAGGCUUUGGACCGCUAGUGGAAUGGAUCCCCACGACCCCCAACGACGCGUACAUGCUAACCGACCGCGCGGUGGUGGCUGGGUACGAGGGGCACGACCAGAGCCCCCUGUGGGUCAUCCGCAGCAGAUACGAGGGAGACCUGAUCCCCGGCAAGCUGGCUAUCAAGCACAAGGCGGCCUACGUUCCGUGGGGAGGCCGCGAGAAUCAAGUCUUCAAUAUUGAGGUUUGCUGCGCCCGCCCCGACCGUGUGCGCUGGGUCGACAGCAACAACGGCGUGGUGCCGCCGAGUGCCGUCGUGGGCGGCAACACUGCGUCGGGCGAGCCGCUCUACAUCGGCAGAGUGAGGGAGCAAGGCUCGCUCACUCCGGGCAAGGUGCACCCGAGCCACGGAGCCAUGUACAUUUCGUUUGCCGGCAAGGAGGUCGCGCACAGGCAGUAUCAAAUACUUUGCAGCAUUUAAAUCACACGUGUCUCACUGGUGUAAGUUUGCAUUUUUUAUUUUGUUACUAUUUUUAUUAUUAUUAUAUGCAUUAUUAAAAUAGAAUGUAAGAUAAUUCAUAUGUUGAGACAUCAAGGGUCUGUGCCUCAGACGAAUUAUAUAGGGACCUGUCUCGCUAGACAAAGAUCAAGAGUCAGUGAUCUAACGGCUUUACAAAAACUGUUUCUAUAGAAUCUAUGUUUCGUUGUGUAAAGAACUUUCUAAAAAAGCUCGUGGAAUUAAACGGUCAACAUAUUCUGGUUUACUAGAAGAUGAACUUCCAUUUCAUUUCUAAGUAUUUUUACCUUUAUUAAAUCAAAUUUAUAAUAAAAACAAUAUCUAUAAAGUAUAAAUUUUUAAGCCAAAAGAGCAAAAAAUCGAUCAAGUAUUUGAAUAUUAUGUGUAAUGAGUUUAAGCAAUGAGUUUGUUAAUCUGUGUAAAAAAAUACACGUGUGUAUUGCGAAUCAAAUAUGUCGUGUAAGGAAUACUAUUUACACACAAGAUACACACAAAAAAUAUAUUUAUUGAUGUUAAAUAUUUCCCAUGUGUUAGUCCCUCGUCCCCCACAAAAAAUUACGGAUAAUUUUGGUGGUGAAUUUAGGUGGUAUACAAGUCCAUAUGUAAUUGGUCUGAGGCCUGUGCAGACAGAAAGUGUUUAAGAGUUCUGUGUUCUUUGCAAUGUUUGUAACUUUAUAGUAUAGGAGCCGAAGAGGGAAUUUUUGGAUUCACUCGGACCUUGCAUGUUGUUGAGUACUCACCAAGUUAUCAUCAAUUUGGUGGGCCAAAAAAUACUACAAAUUAAAAAAAAUAUGUCAAGCUGUAUACAUUACAGAGAAGGCAAAACUCACAUCGAAAUCUUUCUGUCUGUGAGGACCUUUAUUAAGUAUUUUUUUUAAAGAUAAGAAUUUAUAAACAUUUUUAUAUUACUGUAAUGUGUUAUUUGAUGUAGAAAUCUUAUUUCUUUCUUAUAUUAUUUGGAUAGAAUAUGAAAAGUCAAUUAUCGUGCAAAUGUAUUAAAAUACCGUUUCGCGUAUACUGCAAAAUACAAGUUUGUGCAAUUUUGUGCAGUUGAAAUGGGUAUAAAUUAAAAUCAUAUUUUUAUGUAUACUUACAGCUAAAUUAUUUUUAGCUGGUUCUUGAACACACAUAAAAUGUACAUUUUUUUUAUCUUUUACAAACAAACACUUAAAACUAAGUUUCCACUUCAUGGUAUUUUCCUCAAACUCAUGGUGUUUAAUCGUUUGAGAGGUUAUUCAAUCAGCAUAAUAUUUCCAACGUAUAAUAAUAUAAGGCAAUUUUAUUGUGCUUCACAAUAAUUAAUUAAUAAUUUAUGUGAUCCGAGUAAUAUUAUAAUUAAUAAUGUUAAUAAUGUGUAUUUUUACAAGUAUGUGUUCUAUGUAAUGUUGUGCCAAUAAACAGUACAUUUCAAAAUGGCGCACAGACUAUCUGUUUUGAUCGAAUAUUGGCUACUGUAUCACAUCUUAAUAUAUAAAUGUGAAAGGUUCAUCACGAUAUCUCGAAAACCGCUUAACUUGCAAAGUUGAAAUUUGGCGGGGAGGUAGUUACUGUACUUAGAAGACGUCCACUAAGAACGGACUUUGCGAGAGGGCCGUAUUAAGGAGGUCUAAAGCUUUCUAUCAAUUGGUUGGUUGCGUAACUGUCAAAGCAAAGCUUGACUGAUAGUUUUGAUAUAUUGUCGCAGAAAUGACGAUGUACAAUAUUAUAUUAUGUAGGUAACUUGAUCAUUUUUAUUUCAUUAUUGUGUUUUUACUAAAUAUAAACAAUACAUUGCCAAGUAUUGGGAAUACAAGUUACGAUGUUAACUUAUAAAGCAAUGAACAAUUUACAGACCAAUGUGACUAUGGAUGAUGAUCUAAGAAUACUACAAUGUAAAAAAAAAACACAGAAAAACAAAGCGCCACCUAUGAGACUCAGAUGUAAGUAAAAGGGUUCGUUUCAAAGUUCUUUAAGAACGCCAUCUAUUGGUGGCUUAAAAUAAUAAACGCUGUUUAAAUACUUGCCUGUAGAUGGCAGCACGCAUCGCCCGAUUAUAAUUUUCGUAACGUAUUCAGCAACUUACUCUUAAAGUCAAGCGUGUGUAAAAAAGGUUUUAUUUCAAAAAUAUAUUCCAUACCUCAGUGGCGUGUACUUCAUAGAUGCAAAAAUAAACUGCCUACCCUGCAGUCAUUAAAAACCCAUAUCGGAGAAGGGAGUUUUCUAUUUUGUAUACUCUGUAAGUACAAUCCAUACCCUAGUUAAUAAAAGUCUUAUGCACGCCACUGCCUAUAUCUAUUAAGACAUUUUAAAAUGAUCAUAAAAUAAAUACAUGAAGUCACUGCAGACAGUCGUGUAAAAAGGGGAAUAAGUUACAGUAGCCAAUGUACAAAGUGCUCUAAAUAUAAUGUAUUUUUAUAUUGAAGCAAAUAGGUAAAAGCGUAUUUUGAAAGUUUUCUUUGUUGGUGCUAUGUAUACUGUUUAUAAUAUAAGAGUUGUUAGAGAUAAAUGUCUUGUUGUCUAAUGCUUACAUAAUGUCUCUUUUACAUGUAGUAAAGCCUCGUUUAUAUACAGUAUGUUUUAUAAAAAGGUACUAAAAUGCUCUAAAAAAAAAACAUUUUUUCAUAAUAAUAUUGACUACGCCAUUAAAUACGUAGAUUACUACGUAUCUAAUUAGUUAACUUUAGUAUUUUAAAAAUGCAUGUAAUGUAUACCUACAGGAAAUGAUCUAAUUAUCUAAUAUACAGGGUGCUCGGCAGUAUUUCCCAUAUGGUAUUAACGAGACCACUUAUAGGAACCGAACUAAUAUUUUAUUAACUACAAAAAAAAGUUAUCAUACAAAGUAAUUCAAAUAAUACCGACUAUCCAAGAAACACACGCCUUUAGGUAACUAAGCGACAACAUUGCAUCUUAAAAUAUAAAUACAUCAUUAUUAUAAGGAUAGCGUAUAAAGGACACAUUUUAAGAUGUAUUUACAAUAAUAUUAUUUAUCCGAAAUUUAAUUUUUCAAUUUAGAACUCUUUCUUGAACAUUUUUAAUUAAUUUUUAAUGAAGAAUAUAACCCUAGAGUUAUGAGUGACUCCCGACCACCCUGUAUAAUAGUUGUUGUGUAUUUGAAACUCGUGUAUAAAAGGCAUUAUGUUUUAUAAGCAAAAGACUAGAGACAAUUAAAUCUGUAUUUAAUAAUUCAAGUGCAAAACAUCUAAAAGGUGCAAUGCUAUUUUAAUAUACAUAUAAAUUUUUUAAAUAUGUUUAUAAAAAAUAAAAGUUACGUUGUAAUACAUU